AGAGGCAAGGCAGAGAUAUAGAGGGAUAUGGUAAAUACAGAUCAAAGUCCUGCAAUAUUAGCAAAUCCACCACUGAGGAGCAUUCCUUAUACAGUGGUAAUCUAUGUCUGUCCAGAUGUUCCUUUAAACUCUAAUGCUCUUCCACUGUCCCUAAUAAGAAGACAUUAUCAGUCUGCUGGUGGUUCAGUGAGGCAUGUUUUGCAAUGGCCAGGAUGCUGCACAAUUGCCUUUUUAAUUAAAAUCUCUGCCUUUUUCACUUUCUUCUACUCUUCAGGCCAAAUUCAGCCCGGGUGAAGCCCAUGGAAUUACAUCACAGCCCAGUCCUGUUCCCAUUGAUAUCACUGGGGGUUUUCUACUGGCAUUAGUGGGAGCUGAACUGGAGCCUUAGCGAGCGCUAACACAAUAUGAUCUAAGGAUACCAUUUGCACUGAUCAACCCAACUCCCUGCAGGACAAUACAUUUCAUGAAGACAGCUUCUGCCCUCACUCUAGCUAUCCCCCAUGAUGCGGUCAAUAAGGUUGUCCUUUCUGACUCCACAGGCUCAGAGAUCCUGGAGAAGAAUGAGGCUGAAGAGACCACCUGUGGCUGGAUUCUGCUUCUUGCUUGCCUUCUCUGUGGUGGCAUUUACCAGUUUUCCUCUGCUGCUUCCGAACAGCUACGGGGAGUCCCAUCUCCAGUUCUUGGCACUGGCUGAGCCACAUGGGAAAGUCAUCCGGCCCAGGCGUCUGUGGACAAACACCACUGCCUCUGUCCCGCAGUGGGCCAGGAGCUUUGACCACAGAGAAUGGGAACCCUCUCCCCCUGGCACCGAUCAGGAAAGGCAAUCCUCACACCAUCCCCAGUCUGCCCGCAAGCCAAAGAACCAGCCAAGUAUCCUGCGCCGACAAAACCACACACUGCUGAAAGCAAAGAGAAAGCACAAAGGAGAGAUUAGGAAACAUAACGUUGUUGUGAAAAGCUCUGAAGCCAGCAGUAAAUUACAGCAUGAAAACAUUCCCCACAGGACCAGUGGUGAGAAGAAAAGGGAGCUUAAUACUCAUUUUUCUCUAAAGAAUACAGGGAGCAAUGUUCAUUUCUAUAAGCUGACAGGGAAGAAGGCAGAUAUGAAACCACAAAUGGAGGAGGCCCCUUUCUUUUCUCCUUCACUCAGCAAUAAAAGGGGUUUUCAGGAAGGAAAGCCAGAGGUUGCUUUACAUCUUAAGAACCCUUUUGCAAGCCAGCCAGCUGUGGCACAGGACCGAUACAAACCAGAUGUGCAGGCAGCCGGCGCUGAGCCGCAGCAUUCAGAUUCAAUUAAAGCCUUUAUCUCGGAAGCAGAUAGCAGGCAGCCCUUCAGAGGUGCAGCAGGCAUGCAGAGACAGACAGGCAGUUACUCCCAGGAGCCUGGAGAGCCAGGAGAUCGUUUCUGGGUGGGUGUGGCCACGCAGUUACAGACAUCUGAAUGGUGUAUGAAGACUCCAGAAGAUGCCCUUUCUGCCAAAGGGGAGGGCCACCUGAGGUUUGGUGAGAGGAUCCCGCCUUGGUUUACUGCAGACGAUGUGCAGAAGAUGAAAUGGCUGGCAAAUAGCGAAGUGGUGGCCAAAACCAGAAUUCCUGCCCAUGGACAAAUCCUCAGAGUCAGCCUUUUGGCCAGACAAGACACUUCCCCAUCUGACCCUAAACGAGACUGUUCGGAUGGGCUCUGUGGAUUAAUAAAGCGACCCAGUGACCUCUAUGAGGUGCUAGCUUUCCACUUGGACAGAGUGUUGGGGCUGAAUAGGAGUCUGCCUGCAGUGGCCCGCAAAUUCAACAGUCCCCUGCUGCCCUACAAAUACACCAAUGGUGCAGCGAGGCCCAUCAUAUGGUGGGUGCCAGAUAUCCAGCACCUAGCUGAUGCCAACAACGACCAGAACUCUUUUGCAGUGGGGUGGCUACAGUACCAGUCUCUGCUGCAGCAGCGGUGUGGCAUGGUGGAUUCCAGGGCAGCUCUCGGAAUAGCUCCAUGUUUGAGUGUCCUGCACACAGAGUGGGCCAAACUGGCGCUCUUUGAUUUUCUCCUACAGAUAAAGAACAGAAAGCCUGGAUCAUCAAUCAGUAGAACUUUGUACAAGGAUUUCUCACACAGAUGACUGAUUCAGUCAGAAGCCUGAAACUGACACCAAACCAGGGGAAUUCUGCCUUUAGCAGGGAUAUGCUGGAUUGCUGCCUUAUUACCAGGGGAGCUGUCACUAUCAUUUGUUUUAAUUUUUCAGGUUUCAGAGUGUCUGGGACUUGACACUGGAAAAGACUGAAACCGUACACAGUAGCUUUCCAUUCCCAACAAACCUUCAGUGUCACAGUUGCUGGAUCAAGUGUGGCAAGCUUCCUAAACCACCAGCCCCAGUCUGUUUGCAGAAUGAACUACCCUUCAAGUAGAGAAUUGUGCAGCAAAGCAAGGAGCUUCAUCUACUUUUGCUGGGUCUUUGCCACUCGUUUCCUGGUUAGCAUUACGCCAACCAAGUCAAACAGUGAUGCCUGAAGUACUCCAGGCUUCCUCAAAAACGUUGGCAUGGGGUUAUGGGCAGAGGAUUAGGGUUCCUAGAAAAGGAGAUGUCAAGAACUCUUUGACUUACCAGUGGGUAAAAGCAGCCUAGUAGAAGCAUCUUGUGAGAAACAGCAACUUGUAAUUACAAAAUACACACUUGUCCCUCGAACAUUAACCCCAUUCUGUCCUGGCAAAGCUGUACGUUUGCUAUUACGUACAGUAGUGUCCUAGCUCUGCAAGCUUUUGGUCCUCAUUAACCUCCUGAUCCUGAGAGUGGCUGACUUCAGUGGGAGUUGGGGACACUCAGCAUCUCUCAUGGUUGGCCACCAGAGAAGCUUGAGUAACUCCAGAUCCUUUGAUACACAUUUUAUAAGGCAAUUAUUGGUUAUUGGUAAAAGAGAACAUUGUUUAGUAAAACAUAUUGGUUGAAUGUCAGUGAGUGUGUGUAAUACGUGCCAUUCAUUAUGUUUAGGAAAUGUGUUAAAUAAUCUCCCAGUAUUUAAAGAGUUAUAACAAAAAGUAUUGGACAUACAUUGUCAAAAGUCAUUCCCACCAUAUGGCUGUUCAGUGAUCUAUUGUUUGGGCAAGGUGGAGUUGGAGAUCGCAGUCCAGUUCCUGGUGGACCAGUGUCCACAAUACAAAAAUUCUUACCACAAAUAAUGGGCACCCUUGUUAACAGGCUCAGCAGCGAGACAGAUGACUGAAUGUGUAGCGAGGGCGAAUAACCCCUUUGAUCUAGAGGAUGUCCAAAUAUAGGUCAAAGUUUAGAUAUACUGCAGUGGGUGGAAGUGUGCACCUCAUCUACCCAGGCUGUCUCUGUUGUGUCAAUAAAUAGCAGGCUCCAGGCUCCAGAGCUGUCAAUUUGCGACCUAUCAUUAGGACUAAAAGAAGAAAAAAUAUGUGUUAUGCUAAAGGGAGUCUUGACUAUUGUCACUCGCACUGAGGUAUUCCACACAGUGAGAAGCAUUUCUUCCCCCCCAUGGCCUCCUCUCUAGGAAUCCAACAAAACUAAAGCAGUGAUACCCUUAGAAAUACCUCAUUGAAAAGUCUUUCUAUUUUGAUUCAAAGAAGAGAGAUGGGGACCUGACUCUCCAUUGCCCUGCAGCUUGUGUCAUCACUUACACCAGAGCGGCUCAUUACCAUUCAGAUGUAGCAGCAUUCUGCACCCACUUUGUCCAGGUGGAAAUGACUACAGGAAAUGCAGAGCAACAGGGAAUCUGGCCCAAGGCCUUUUAUGUUUUAGACCUGCCAUUAGGCUGUAUCACUCAAAGAGACCUACCAAGGAUAUUUUAAAAACUCGGCUUGUGCCCCUCUUUUAAUCUUUGUGCUGUAUAAAGAACCCUGGAAAGGUGGGGAUUUUAUCUCCUGCUCAGCCUUUAUCCUCUGGGCUCCUCUGAUGUCACCACUUCAUUCGCCCUUGUAGUGUCUUCCAGCCUAGACAGGACCUGAUUUUCUAAUUUGAAACCCCCCCCAACCAACCAAAUA